AUGGGUGAUAUGAAAUACGGCAGAUUUGUGCCCAGUCCACCAUCUAAGGAACCGUGCUACCUAACCGAUCGGAUCUUUAAACCAUUUGUCGAAAACGAGUUAUUGAAAGAUGAAAUUUACUGUCAGUUGAUCAAACAGAUUACCAAAAAUCCGAAUCGGUAA